AUGCAAGGAAUAUUUACCAACUCCUUAUGGUAUAUUGAGUUUUUAGUGUUUGUAAUAGUGCUUAUUGGAUUUUUUAAACUAUUCCUGUACUUGGCUAGUACGAAUUACGGUUACUAUUACGCACAACACGAUAUGAGGCUAAAAUAUCCACAUGUUGCUACCAAAAAAUGCAAACCUAAAAUUAAAGAGCCAAAUCAAAGACCUGUGUGUUUUGAUCUAGGGUGCAUUUGGUUCUGUAGAUUGAUAGCCAGUAUCAUCACAAUAGCUGUAUGCUACUACUGUGCUUACACACUAAUAUCAGAUACUAAGCUGAAGUUCGGACUAUUCGUACCAUAG